CUUAUCUGUCCUUUAAUUCACGAGGAGAAAUAAGAAAUUUCCUUAUUUGACCUUUACUGUCCAAGGAAAUAGUAAUUAAGCACCACAUUCCACUCUACUCUUUUCACCCUAACCAUUCUCUCUCUCCUAUGUUCUCCUCUCACUGACUGGUAGGUUGGUCUCUACUAUCUGCCAUUUGUUUUCACUUGUUCCGGUCAAACUCUCAUGCUUUCAAACUUAAUAACUUUCUUGCACCCUAACUUCUCACUAAGUCCCUGCCAUGUCCACGAACUACUCAACCAAUGGAGACUCCGAAACUCUCCUUCGUCGUCCUUUGUUGUCCUCCCAAAGAUCCAUUGUCAACUCCACGUCCCAGGUUGCUAUUGUCGGCUCCAAUGUCAGCCCAAUUGAGAGCCUCGACUACGAGAUUUUCGAGAACGAGUUCUUCAAGCAUGAUUGGAGGAGCAGAGGGAAGGCUCAGAUAUUUCAGUUCAUGAUUAUGAAGUGGCUCUUGUGCCUUCUAAUUGGCAUGAUUGUUUGCCUUGUUGGCUUCUGCAACAAUCUCGCGGUUGAGAAUCUCGCUGGCAUCAAGUUUGUGGUCACGUCCAACAUGAUGUUGGAGAGAAGGUUUCUGAUGGCCUUUUUAGUAUUUUUUGUUUCAAAUUUGGUUCUCACGGUUUUUGCGUGCACAAUCACGGCUUUGAUAGCACCUACUGCCACCGGUUCAGGUAUACCCGAGGUGAAAGCUUACCUGAAUGGUGUGGAUGCACCUGGAAUAUUUACUGUACGAACUCUUCUUGUUAAGAUUAUUGGAAGUAUUACAGCAGUGUCAUCAUCGCUUCUUAUUGGGAAGGCGGGGCCUAUGGUGCAUACAGGUGCAUGUGUGGCUGCAUUGUUAGGUCAGGGUGGGUCGAAGAGAUAUGGGUUAACAUGGAAAUGGUUAAAGUUUUUUAAGAAUGACCGAGAUCGGAGAGAUUUAAUAAUAUGUGGAUCAGCAGCUGGAAUUGCUGCUGCCUUCCGUGCCCCUGUUGGUGGCGUGUUGUUUGCUCUUGAAGGGAUGUCAUCUUGGUGGAGAAGUGCCCUUUUGUGGAGAGCUUUCUUCACAGCAGCAAUAGUUGCAAUUUUGCUUCGUGCCCUGAUUGAUUUAUGUUUAAGUGGUAAAUGUGGGUUAUUUGGUAAAGGGGGACUGAUAAUGUUCGAUGCUUAUUCAGCAAGUAUUUCAUAUCAUUUGGUGGAUGUUCCUCCUGUGUUUGUUCUUGGUGUUAUAGGGGGAAUACUUGGCAGCUUAUUUAAUUUGAUUUUGAGUAAAGUUCUUCGCAUAUACAAUUUUAUCAAUGAGAAAGGCACCAUUUUCAAAAUUUUGCUUGCCUGUGUAAUCUCCAUUUUUACAUCCUGUCUUCUUUUUGGAUUGCCAUGGUUAACAUCUUGCCGACCUUGUCCGCCUGAUCCAUCUGAGCCUUGUCCUACAAUAGGUCGGUCUGGUAUCUACAAGAAAUUCCAGUGCCCACCUAAUCACUACAAUGAUCUUGCCAGCCUCAUUUUCAACACAAAUGAUGACGCUAUUAGAAAUCUAUUUAGCAAGAAUACCGACGAUGAGUUUGAGUUUAAAUCAGUGUUCAUCUUUUUCAUCACUUGCUUUUCUUUAAGUAUCUUUAGCUAUGGAGUUGUUGCUCCAGCUGGUCUAUUUGUGCCAGUUAUUGUGACUGGUGCAUCUUAUGGGCGUAUUGUUGGAAUGUUGCUUGGCAAAAAGGACAGUCUUAGCCAUGGUCUUUAUGCUGUACUUGGUGCUGCUUCCUUUCUCGGUGGCUCCAUGAGGACAACAGUUUCUUUGUGUGUAAUUAUUCUAGAACUGACCAAUAACCUGUUAUUGCUACCCCUAAUCAUGAUGGUGCUGUUCAUUUCUAAGACUGUAGCAGAUGCUUUCAAUGCAAAUAUAUAUGACAUUAUAAUGAAAGCCAAGGGUUUGCCUUAUUUAGAAACUCAUGCUGAACCAUAUAUGAGGCAGCUAUCAGUAGGCGAUGUAGUCACAGGCCCACUUCAGACAUUUAAUGGGGUUGAGAAGGUUUGCAACAUAGUGUUUAUUCUCAGAACUACGGGACAUAAUGGGUUUCCCGUUAUAGACGAGCCUCCUAUUUCGCAAGCUCCAGUUUUAUUUGGCAUAAUCCUCCGUGACCAUCUUCUCACAUUGUUGAAGAAGAAAGCUUUUAUGUCCUCACCUAUGGCAACAAGUGGUGAUGUCAUCAAUGAGUUUUCAGCAGAUGAUUUUGCAAAGAAGGGUUCAAGCAAAGGUCGUCUAAAGAUAGAGGAUAUACAGUUAUCAGAGGAAGAGAUGGACAUGUUCAUAGAUCUACAUCCAUUUACUAAUGCUUCUCCUUAUACUGUUGUGGAGACAAUGUCACUGGGAAAGGCCCUUACACUUUUCCGAGAGCUAGGUUUAAGGCAUCUGCUAGUGGUACCCAAGUUCUCCGGUAGAUCACCUGUGGUGGGUAUACUCACACGACACGAUUUCAUGUCAGAACAUAUAUUGGGUUUGCAUCCCUUUCUGGUAAGAAACACAGGGAAAAGUUUAAGAUUUUAACACCCUUGGCUAGGGAAAAAUAAAUUUGGGCAUUUGAGCAACGCUUACAUAUUCUUGCGUUGCAGAAGGAUUUCUUAUUCAUGAGACCAGAUUACCAGUGAUAGUUUUUUUUUUUUUGUACACUUCAUGGAAGCCAGAGCUCUAAGUCAUAUUACAAAAAUCAAAGAAUGAUUCAAUGAGCCCUUUAUCAAUUAUUGGUCUUUGUUGCACUUUGACGAAAGUAUGGUACUUGAUAGAACAUUAUGGCGGAAGUUGAUCCAUGUAGCCGACCCCACCUAGUGGGAUAAGGCGUUGUUGUUGUUGUUGUUGUUGUUGCACUUUGACGAAAGCAUGAGGCUGCAUGAAAGGAUGAUGGCCUCUAAUCAUGGGGAUUUCGUUUUACUUUAAUUGAUUGCAUUAUACUUUCUGUCAUAAAUCAUAAUGAUUGAUCAAUGGUUGGUUGAAGCAGGUUGAAGGUGCUUCGCUUCUCGUUUGUAGAAA